GUCGAUCGCCGAGGGUAAAAUGAUGUUUUCAGGAGUGUUAGUUUGUCUUUGUUCGUUGAUCUUUUCGCCUGUAGGCGCGAGUACCAAGGUAUGUAAAUCCGUUCGACGCUUCUUCUACUCAUGUGGUUUCUUUCUGGUGGUUUUGACCUUUAUCUAUCUUUAUCGCUUUAGUGUUUGUUUUGUAUUUGUUCUUCUUCAUUCCCUGUAGAAGCCGUUAGAGCAUCCUCUUCCAAGAUCCCUUCCCGAAUCGAAGAUAAAUGACUUGGCACAGAAGACAGACUACAGAGCCUUUUACGAUGGUAUUUUUCUUCCAGUAUUACGAGUUCGUGUCCCAGGAACUAAGGGACAUCACGCCGUUAAAUUGGUAAGAAAAAUAAUGGUGAAACUUGUUUCAUCUCUUUGACUUUCUUAAGUCAACAAGGUAGUGACUUCUUACGAUUGCUAUUUUGAAGUUUGUGGCGCUUAAACACCCUUGUUAAACAGAUACAGACACUCAAACGAACACUUCUCUGAAAGGAACUUCUAGUUCCUGUUGACAAAUUGAACCAUAUAUUCUUCGAUUUCUGGCCUAUAUAAAUAAUUGCCCCAGUUAAAAUACUUCUCUUAACACGAAAGCGGUUUAUGCGGUUUCAUUGCAUUGUCGAAGAGGGAAGGAUUAGGAUUUGUGUUGAAACGAAGAUGAGAACAUGAGUAUUGAGAUAAAGUGAAGGUCGAGGUGCGAUAUGAUCGAAACAGACAACUUUUAGAAUGGACGAUUCAUUUUGGACAUAACUUACUUAAAGCACUUGUGGUAUAUUUCUCACGGCUCUAUUUUUCUUGCAAAGAUGAGCGAUAUGACUAUAUCAUAUCUUGACAUAACAAGGGAGCUGCAGUGUUCGAAAGUAUGUUUCGCGAAUAGUUGUGUUAUAUCCCUAACUACCAUCUUUUGUUUUGCCUGUUAUCCACAUGGUACGCGUGUAUCGCUCGAUUCUUGAGAUUCUGUACUUUGACAAAAUAAAUAUUGGUCCUGUAGCUUUUCACCUAAUAUACCUCCUAAAUAUUCAAGGUAUAAAAUUGAACGUGACUAUUUUGGUGAAAACGCAUUUGGACAGAGCACGCUAAUUAUUAAACCAGCUGUUCUGGAAAAAAAGAAAAAAUACGCCCUCUGGCACGUCUCCACUUAAUUGCAUAUAUUACCAUAUUACUUGAACAAAAGCAGAAAGCGAGUUGUUUCUAAAUUAUUGGUGUUGAUAUUUUGUAACUUGGAUCUACAUUUUAUGUGAACAUUAUUUCUGUAAAAAUCUCUGAACAAAACCCCAAAUUAUUAAAAAUUGUUAGGAGGGACUACAUUAAUUAACAUAUUAAUGCUUUUACCGAAUGUGAAGUAAAUUACUGACCCAUCUAACUUGCUUGAGUUGUGCUUUUUUUUCCUUUUAGAAAAUCUAAAGUUAUUUUGGUUGUACUAAAAAAGAAAAAACAACAUACACACACACACCAAUCAUUUAAAUGCCCUGAUUUUCCUGAUAUAUAAAUAAUUUGCAUUUCAGAAUUUAUUUAUUGACAAAGAAAGAUCAAAAACAGGAUGCUUAUUUCAAAAUUGUUUUUUCAUUUUUUUAAAAAGUUAGACUUAUCUAGUUUUCUAGCCUGGUUUACUUUGACACUGGUGUUUAUGCACGCUUUUUUCUGAACCUCAAAUAAAGUUAUGAAUGCAAAUUUGUUUAAAAUUCUGUUCAUUAUUAGCUGUACCAAAAAUGCAUUAUUUUGAAGUAAAAUCUGUAAGUUUUGGUUUUGAUAUGAGGAUGAAGGGACAUUUAAAAAAGAGAAAAAGUUAUAUAUUUAUUGUUAAAUAAGAAGCAAGCAGUUUUCCUUUUUUUAAAGAAAAUUAAAUUGAUAAGCAUAAUUGACGCUGUGGAGAUAUUUAUUAAAUUGAAUGUUGGCUGGCAUAUUCUUAAGUGUUUGUUUUCGGAACACAUGAUAUAAACUUUUCUGUGUUUGUAGAGAAAUCAAAAUUAAUUAGGCCAUAAAUUUUAGUUUUACCUCACUGGGUUUUAUGGAUUUAACAUUUUGCCUUUCCUCAUAAAUGUCAAUUUGCAACAGCAAUAUAUUUAUUUUUGGAAAGUGAUUCACAGAUAUCAUGAUAAAUUGCAAAACAUCUGGCCCAGCUUCAUAAAUUUUAACACAAAUUCUCUAAACUGAUCCUUAAACUUUUCAUUAAAGAAUGAGUUGAGAGAAUUUCUCUCUGGUGAUCAUCUUAUUAAUUCUUGUGAACUAAUGUCUUGACAAUGUAUGGAUAUUGUUAGGAGAAAGCUGAUGUUGGUCACUAUUGGAACUUAAACUGUUAACAUUGGGUAUUAUCACUGGUAUUCAUUCCAAAGAGACCUUCUAUAGGGGUUGUCAGGAUAAUCCUCAAGUGCAGCAAAACAAAUCAGAGAAUCAAAGAAAACAACAAAAAAUUCUUUAGUUAAUGUUUCAAUGGAUGGUGCUACAGUUUUUUUUAAGUAGGGGUUUUAGGUCUUGGAUUUAGCUGGUAUCUGGUCACUUUAUUUCAUGGUCAGAUCGUUCCAAGUAAGCCAGAUCGUACCACAAUAUAGUUUGAAUUUUUCAUGAGUCUUUAAGCCACAAGUAGAAAUAAGGGACUGCUCGUGUAUACUUCAUUAUUUAAGCCAAGAAGCCAAAAAAAUGCAUUUUACAUCACGUUUUACACUGAACUGUGGAAUGAUCUGACCAAAAAAUGGAACGAUCUGACCAUGGAAUGAAGUGACAGUAAACCAUUUAGCUUAUAUGUGAAGAAACUGGUUCAACGCCUAGCUAUUCCCCAGGGUAUGGACUAACCAUAGCAACACUCUACACCAUUUCCUUUAUAUAUGGUGUAAAAGCUUGAUGCAAACAAUUUAAAAAUCUUUUUUUCUCAGUUUAUAAAGAAGCAAUUUGAAGAUUUGGACUGGACAGUUACCUUAGAUGAAUUUGAUGACAUGACACCCUAUGGGCCAAAGCGAUUUACUAACAUCAUCGCCACUCUGAAUCCCAAUGCAAAACGCAGGCUUAUUCUAGCAGCACAUUAUGAUUCAAAAUAUUUUCCUGAGGACAGCGAUGGUAGAUACUUUUUUGGCGCUACAGACUCAGCCAUGCCAUGUGCAAUGUUGAUUGAAAUUGCCAAGACAGUGACACCUUUGUUUAAAGCACAGGAGCAGCAACAAGAUAGGCUAGUCAAUGAUGAUGAUGAUGAGGUUUGUUAGAGUUAGUUUUUUAUAAGUUUUUUUUGUACAAAUUUGUAUAUGCAAUGUUAUAGACACUGUGUUAUCGACACAUUUUCAAAAGUCAACGUAUUAAUUAAUAGAUUAAUAGUUAAUAAUAGAGAUAGAUAGAUAGAUAAAUGUAGAGAUAAAUGUGUAGCAGUCAUGGCCAUAAUUAAGGACUUCAGUUUGCCAGUUUGGCGCUAAAUUAUUUUGUUUACAGCAAUCAGAUGUCACUUUGCAAAUGGUGUUUUUUGAUGGAGAGGAAGCGUUUAAGGAGUGGACAAAAAAUGAUUCUCUUUACGGCUCGAGACAUCUUGCAGAAGUAUGGAGCAACACAACUCAUCUAAAGGGAUCAAAUACCACAAUGAUCGAUACGAUAGUAAGUAUAAAAUAUAGUAAUUAUAAUAAUUAAAUACUACAAAAAUUAUGUAUGUUGAUCAGAAAAUUUGAACACUCCUUGUAUAUAUGUUGUGGGGAAUUUUUUAUUUCAGUUAGUUUUUGUGUUUUCUUUGUCUCAUUAUAUGUUCAAGUGUAUCAGUGUAACUAAAUCAGUUUUUAAUUAAGUUUCUUUCCUUGCUUCCUUUGAAACAGAAUGCCUUGGUAUUGUUAGAUCUAAUUGGUACUUCUGAUCCACAACCCACAUUUUAUAAUACGUUCAAAGAGACAGAUGAUUUGUUUCAGAGAUUGGAGCAGAUAGGUAAGACACUGUUAUUCAGCCACACAGUAAAUGUCUAUAAUCACGUAGAACCAUCUCUUUUGUGAUGCGAUCCAUUUUAAUAAUCGUAGACAACUGAACAAGGAAUAAAGAUCAGGGGUUUCAAUAAAAAUUGAAGUAGCCAGUAGGUUUGAAUAGAGUAACCGACUGUAUCAGCAAGAGGCUGUUGACUAAAUUACUAAAAAAACUAAAUUACGUACUUUUGCACGUAAACAAAUUCUGUGUAAACCUAUAAUGAAACUUGUGAAAAAAUGACUGAAAUAAUUAUUAUAGCAUUCACAUGAGUAAAGCACAAUGUAAAACCAUUGGGCCUUUAUGAAAACUCAUCGUAAUUACAUUUUCAUUCAGAUUUUAUGAUAUAUUUUUUGUUUACAACGUUAUUCAAACUAGUUGCUUCUUCUGUCAGAAAAAAGUAGCCGACCUCUAUGAGCAAAGUAGCUGAUUCGUUCCAUCAGCCGUCGCUGCUUAUUGAAACCCCUAAAAGAUCUUUCAAAUUAUUAUACCCAAAUGUGUGUAAUUCAAUACCAUAUACCUAUCACACUGUAACUCUUCUUCAGUCAGAGCCAUGCAAUUUUAUCCUGAGUGACAGGGAUUUCGCAUAGACAAACCGAUCUCUCAAAAAUGAAGACUGUAAUGGCCCAAAUUUUUCCAUCAUUCAUGAGAAAUAUAUUGGUCCAUGGGCAUAAGUAGGCAUGAGAUUGACAUUUUCCAUCAGCGGGUGUUUAAGACUCGUGUAUAAGGUGCACCUGUGAGUUGGCAGGUAUAUAUAGUGUCAUUUCAACAAAGGAGAUUUGAGUAAUUUAUUUAAUGUGCUAUUUUUCAAAACUGGGUCAUUCUCUUUGGGAAAAAUGUUCCUGAUCAGUCAGUUAAUACUUCAGAAACUUUUUAUUAUUGUUAUUGACACUGUCAUGUUUCUUUUGACAGAGCGGCGGUUAAUAAGCACCAACAGGCUUAUAGAACGACGGCCUCAACCCUAUUUUAUGCAUGGUCUCAUGGAUCGCAGAUAUUUAGUUGAGGAUGAUCAUAUACCUUUCUUAGAGAGAAGUAAGCAUUGUAGCAAAUAACAUAAUUGUGAAAAAUCAACAAUAUGCUGAGAAAUCAUAUACAAGUGAUCAUGAUGUAAGGACAAUGUGUUGUUACUAAUGUUAUGAAGGGAAUGUGAUGUUCUUCGAAAAAUCAAAUUUAAACCACUAAAGGAAAUCAAUGUUUGGCAUGGCUCAGGAUUUAUUCAACCUCUUAAAGGACCUAUGGUAUUCUAAAAUUCCUUGAACCAAUGAUUUAUUAUAUUAAGGAAAAGCUAUUGCAAAGAAAAUGUCAAAAUUGAGAAUUGUCUCCAACAGAGUGACAGUGGUUGGUUUGGUCUGUAAGAAAAGAAGUCUGUAUAUGCAUAGAUAUUUUAGCUUUCCAUCUUAAAUACCCUAUAGAGGUACCAAAGACAAAGGAGAGGCUGCAGAUUGCCUUGUUUUUGCGAAAAUUUCUUUUUUGGUUUCAAUACUGGCACUUGUUGUCAUUUUGCAGGGCUGUCACUGAGAUUUCAAGUUGCCGGGUAAAUACAACAAGUAGGCGGGGAAUCAAACAGCUAGGGAUUUCUUUUGGUCAUAUUUUUCUUCUUUUUUCCAUGAAAGUAGCCGGGGGAAAUCCUUGGCCCCCAGAUCUUAAUGACCGCCCUGAUUUUGUUACAACAUGUUGGAAGAUGUUAGAAGUGAAAAAAAAAACACAAUCUGGUGUUGCUUAGUGUACUUCGCUCAAGCUGGCUUGGCUGCAUUCAUGUAAAAGGUUUUUGUGGUCUAUAAGUAUAGUUUCAUAAAUGCGUUUUAAUUUUUCUCUUCUAGAUGUCAAAAUUCUUCAUCUGAUUUCACUACCGUUUCCUAACUGUUGGCAUCAAGUCUGUGACCAUGAAGGCGAAAUUGACCCCAAAGUGGUUCAGGAUUUGUUGAAAGUCCUUCAAGUAUUUGUUGUUGAGUACUUUGGGCUUGCAGUGGUUUAAUAAUUUGUACAAUGCGUAAAAAAGAAAAGUUGUUUCAUUCCCCUUUUCAAAACAAUUUAUUAUACUUAUAAUAAGUAUAAAGUUACAGAUAACAAUUAUUGUGGACAUCAUUAGCAUACAGUAACUAGUGACCAGUACGUCUAGGAUGGACAAAAUGUCCUAACCCUUUCAAUCCUGAUAAUAAUAUAUACUUUAAGAUUUUCAUUGUCUUAUUAGUUUUUUAUAAAAGAGGUUGAUGUAAACUGGUGUCACCCGGCCAAUUUGCAUCUAUUGAGUUUUCAUUAUUUUUAAUAAAAUGAUAAUGAUUUAUAAUAAUAUAUUCUUUAGCAGGAAUGUUCACUAAAAAUAUUUGGCUUCAGGAACAAUGAAUUUUAAACGUGAUCUGGCCGUCUAGUGUAUUAAAAGUGUACUGGCUGGUAGUAUAUAUGUUGUAGAUAAGUCUGUCGCAGGGCUGUCGAAAGGUUUUUAAGUAGCAGGCUGAUAAGGAAUAGUAGGCGGCUUUGGAACUCGCACCAAAGGCACAAGUUCUUGAGGGCCGAGGCAUCUAGGGAUAUUUUGAAAUAAAGAGUCUCAGAAAUGGCAUUUCCAGGGGUUUUCAAGGGGAAUCUUCCACUGCAGAUGCAGGGUGCGAAGAAAGUCAUUUUUACAGCUUGCCAUUCGGGCAAGCUGAAGCUAACAUUUACUAGCCCAAAUAUCAUUUCAACUUGCCCACAAAACGUUUUGAUGAGCAGAUUGAUUUCACAGUUCUUCUGUAAAUUGAAUUCCUCAAAAAAAUUCACUUGCCCAUCGGGCAAGUUAAUAAUGGAAUUCACUAGCCCAAUAGCAAAAUCCACUAGCCCCGGGCUAUUGGACACUACUUUCUUUGCACGCUGAGAUGCCAUGUUGUUUCGUGAGAAUACACACAAGACUAGAAACAAUGCCGUCUAAAUGUCCCAGGUGUUCCACGACAUCGAACGUUUCACAGAUCUAAACCUGUUUAAAUAUGCGUCAGUGUCAUUCAAAACUGGGAAUUUUAUUUGGCAGUGCCUAUUUUUUGUCAGCAGUUAUGGUGGAAGGAUAUGAAAGUAGCCAGCUAGGGAUGGCUCACUAGCCAGCAGUUUUGGCCUGCUACUGGCCCUUAUUGACAGCCCUGCUGUUGCAAGGUUAAGCCAGUAUAAAGUUUGAAUGGAAUUUCUUUUGUUUCCUGGCCCUAAUAAUAUUCAUAGGUUACAAAGGAAAUCCUGGUUUAACCUGAGAAUACAAGUUACUUUCAAUUUUAUUGACAUAUUCAACACGUAAACAGUCAAGAUAAAAUUAGGAGAUCUUCAGAAGUCCAGAAAUUGAUUCUGGGAAAGCAGGCAUCUUUGGUGUCCCUCUGAGGCCUUCAAGAAAAGUUAAUCUUCUUGCUCAAAUAGACAGGGACAAUAAAAAUAAAAAAUUAUGGAGCAAUAAAAAAUAUUAUUAUAGUAACUACUGGAGGAAGAUUUUGUUAUCUUAGAAUACAGCACUUGAUUUCUCACGUGUUGGAAGAGGAGUAAGCAGUUUUGACAUAAUUUUAAUGGAAAACAAAUUUGACAAAGUAAUUUAAGAUGUUUUUGGUAAGCACAGUUAUAAGAAAAUGUUAAUUUUAUAUGAAAAUACACAUAGGAUUAUUCAUUAACAUAGGUCUGUCAAUACUCCUACAAUAAACAACAUUUGAAAUUUAAUUUAUAUUUUUCAUUAAUUCCUCAUUAUUAUCUGUUGUUUAUUCAUUAAUAAACUCUGCAAACAAAUUAAUAAUUGCAAUGUUUGUGCUUUGAUUCUUGUACAAUCAUGUGGCCUUUAUAGUAAGACAUUUUAUCCUUGUGAACUUUCAUUCAAAGCAAGUGGUGAGAUAUAAUAAAUUGAGAUUUGCAGGAUAUAGUUUCAUGCUGGAACAUCACUGAGUGAGUACAUUCUCACAAAAAUAUUUUUUUCUUACCCGGGGCCUGGUUCCUGAAAGGGCGAUUAGCGGUGAUCCAG